AAGUUCCCAUGGCAUGAAGUUGACGUUUUUAAUGUAACACUUUGUAGGUUAUAUUUACAAUUAAUCAUAAAAUAGUGAUUAUUUAAAAUGAAAUAUUGUUCAUACGUGUUAUUUCUUUAACAGAAUUACAUAUUUUGAAAAUCACAAUGACUUCAACGCUAAUAAAUGUAUUUAAAAAACUGAAUAUCACAGCAGUUACCCAAAUUCGGUUAUGUUCCUCAGCGACCAAUGUUGUAUCAGAACACAGGGAUAUAAGCGUAAUCAAAAAGGAUUGGAAGUUUCCUCCCCAGUACACAAAGCCGCGUGAAGUCUGGAUUGAAAACUUAGACACAGUAAAAGAGAACAAACUUGGUCUUUUCGAGUUACACCCAUUGAUUUACGCUACAGUGCCGCGUAUAGACCUAAUACAUCGUAACGUUGAAUGGCAGAAAAAAUAUCGAUGGGUAUCGUGGGCACAUACCAAGACGAGAGCAGAAGUCCGCGGUGGUGGUAGAAAGCCUUGGCCACAGAAAGGUUUAGGUCGAGCUAGACAUGGUUCCAUCAGAUCGCCCCUCUGGCGAGGAGGUGGUAUUGUGCACGGACCUCGCUCUGGAAAAACACAUUUCUUCAUGUUGCCAUUUCACAUGAGAAUUCAUGGUUUAACUUCAACAUUAUCUGCAAAAUUUGCUCAAGACGACCUUCAUGUUGUUAAAGAUUUGGAACUACCAACUGAGGAAUCUGAAUAUUUGAUUGAUCUUAUAAAAGAAAGAAAUUGGGGUCCUUCUGUACUCAUUGUUGACGACACCGAUUAUGCCCCUCGAAAUAUAACAGUGGCAACAGAUAACCUUCCAUAUGUAAAUAUAAUGCCAGUUUACGGACUAAAUGUUUACUCUAUGUUGAAGCAUGACACUUUGAUUUUAACACAUGCUGCUGCCCAGAAAAUAGAAGAAAGAUUACUCAAUCAUUUGCAUUCAAAUACUGCGAUACAACAAGCUAAAUUCAAGCUUGACCAAGUAUAAGUUUCAGUUAUUAGUAAAAUAAAAUAGAUGUUUUGCUUUAA